ACGCCACACCACUCAGUAUGGUGCUGCACACUGGGAUUUAACUACUGUAGGCAAAUACAGAAGAGGGAGAACAGAGAGGCCUGUGUGUGUGUGUGUGUGUGUGUGUGUGCGUGUAUGUUUGUGCACAUGUGUGCAUCAGACUGCUCAACAGCAUCAUGGACACAGAAUAUUCUAAGAGAGUGUACCAAGGCGUUCGAGUCAAGCAUACAGUCAAAGACCUGCUGGCAGAGAAGCGAUCCAGACAGACCAGUGGGCCCAGAUACAGUGGAGGAUCCACCUCUCCACCUUCAUUUGUCCAGAUGCCAGGGUCUCACAUGCUGCCCAGCUACUACGGUAUGAGGCGUCCCUUCAUCUCCGACUCAGACUUCUGCCCAUCCACCAAGCAGUUCUCCCCUGACGUCUACUCCUCCACCCUCGGGGGUAAACCUCUGGGCUGCGAGCCCUCCACAAUGACCAGCUACUCCUCCCUCAUUGACAGCUACUACCCAGAGGCCUUUGGUGAUUACCGCAGCGCUGCCACCUUCAGCGGCUCUGGAGGAUCCUUCCUGCCUUCGUCGGCCCUCUCAUCCCUGCUGCCUCCCUUCAGUGGAGAGUCCUCACAUCUGUUUCUGAGAGACUCAUGGGAGCAGUCGGUUCCAGAGCCAGUAUCCCAGGUGGAGGCUCUCUGUCCGGACAGCCUGGCCCCUGUCAGCGUCCCGCCCUCCAUGCCCAGCCCAGAGCCCCCGAGUAGCCCCUCCCAGUACCGGUCCACCAGCCGAGGCUCCUCCAUGGGCUCUGUCUCCAACAGCCAACCCUACACCCUGCAUUCCCUGGAGGACGCCCACUACCACCCUUUAACCACCACCAGCUCCUACCCCAUCCCCUCCUCCUCCUUCCCCUGUCCUCCCUACAUGAGCAGCUCUGCCAGCGACCUGGUGUCCAAGAUGGUGACAGAAGAGGCCGACGGCCACGGCAGCCUCCCACCCAAUGGUGAGGCUCAAGUCUCCUGGGCAAAAGAGGAUGGGGUGAGCUCCUGGUCGCCCUACGAGAUCAGGAGGGCGUACUGACUGGAUGAGGGGCCAGAGGUUCAGAAUUUAAAUGAAGAUGGACAGUAAACUCAACAAGCACAUGACAGUACAGACAAGAUUUUGGGAGAUGGUUUGUUGAUAGGACAAUAUCAGUGAAUUUCCAAAGCAUCCAGGUUCCCAUAUUAUAGCCUGAUGUGAUGAGAAACUCACUUACUUAUUUGUAAAAAAAAAAAAAAAAGAAAAAAGAAAAGAAGAAAAAGGUGCGUCCUUUUUUUGUUCGAUUCAUAUGAAAACGCGUGGAAGUAUGAACUUGAUCAGAAAAACAGGUUGUUUUUUAGUGAUGUAGUAAAGUUACUAAAAUAGGACAGUGGCUUUCAUGGUGUACGAUAUGAGGAUUUGUGGUUGGUGUAAAAAACAUACAUGGUUCUGGUACCACAGGGGGUACUUCGGUGGUGUAUAUGGGUGAUUUGGCAAAAUACAGACAUGUAUACAGUACAUAUGUCCACAUAUUUGAAACUAGGAUUUCAGAUUGGUGUGAGUCUGAUCUUUACUGUUGAAAUAACCAGUAAACUAUCAGCUACAACAGGCCAAAUGCACAAGACACCAGCCUGAGUCCUCUGAAACAUUUAGACACCUCAUACUGAACUUGAGAAUUUGUGAAAACUUGUUAGCAAGUGUGAGUUUAUAUGAUUUAAGUGGAAAAAAAAGAUUAAGUAAAACAUUAAAACUAUGAACAACCUGAAGCAUGGACCAGAUAAUUCUUCAGCUGGAUCCAAGGCUGGUAACACUUUAAAUUUUCCUCUGGUUAGCAGUCAUAAAACAUGUUAUAAACAGUUAAUACGUGCUUUGUAACACACUGUUACACAGCUUGUAACUUUGAAUCAAAGAUCUUCAACCUCAAAGUCCUUUGGUACAAAUAUGUUUGAUGAAGUGAGUCAGCAUUAGUCAUUAUAGAUAAAUGUAUCUAUCACAUUAGUGAGGUCCUGAUUUGUGUUUAUUAUCAUUUAAAAAAAUAAUUUAAAUAAAAGUCAAAAUAGGAUAUACUUAUUAUCACUUACUACAAAUUUAUUGUGUGUAAUAAAGCCUUAAGUGACAAUUGAAAAAUGUUUACAACAAAUUUCCAAUUAUAUUUACACACUGACAAUAGAUUUUUUAUUAUACAAUGUUUUUUUAAAUAUUGCUGUAACAACUGAAGACAUAUUAUCAAAACUAGAUUUACUGAUGCUUUAUACAUCAGUGAUGAAUGCUUCACAGUUGAUAACCAAGACACUGAUAAACAUAUAAAUAUGUUUAAAACUACUCUAUAGUGUCUUACAGUGCAGCACACUAUUUCAAAAUUGUUUGCAUGUACUGUUUAUAAAUGUUAAAAAUGGGGAUAAGGUAAAGUGGUGCGCAUAAUCCUUCUU